CAGACACAACAGUGGGGCAAAAUGGACGAUAAGUUAAUAUUGGCUGUAUUUAAUUAUCCAGAGCUUUACAAUGUCACUUUGCCGAAUUACCGCUGCACAGAAAGUCGGGCAAAUGCCUGGAAAAACAUCAGUAGCGUACUGGGUCUCCCAUCCGAGGAGUGUAAAAGAAAAUGGAAGAACAUGAGAGACAGGUACUUGAAGGAAGUCCGAAUGGAGAUCAAAAGCAAGAAGCAAGGAGAGAUUAUCCAGAGUAGGUGGAAAUACAGACGACUCAUGAAUUUUAUUGCACCCUUCACUGGCUCCAGAAGUGGAGUGGCAGACAUGUGUGGCAACAAUGACGAUGACCACGACAAUCCUGACGAGUCUGGCAGCGUGGAGGGAGAAAACGCAUCGUCAGAGUCGGUCAAGACGGCCCAGUCCAUCGUGAAGGUCCCUGUGAGUCAGCCUGACCUCAAACCCCAGGUGACUUUUGUGACGCAGCUCCCUCCAUUGUCCCAAGACACACAGAUGGCCCAGCUGGCUGUUCUGGCUAAAAUGCCAUCAGGCCCACAGAUCGCCCCCAGCAGCAAAACCGGACGGAAACGGCGCCUAAUGCAAGAGUCUCAUUCACUGUCUUCCUCUCAAAGUGCAUCAUCCCCUACAAAAUGGCUGGUCAAAGACAAUGGCACCUCAGUUCCCAACAGGCCACGGGAUGAGGAUGAACUGUUCCUGCUGAGCUUUGUGCCCGCUCUGAAGCGGCUUGCUCCACAGAAAAGGUGUGAGACAAAAAUAAAGAUCCAGCAGAUUAUGUAUGAAGCAGAGUUCAACAUUGCACAGCCAGAAUCUCAAGAGAAACAGACGGAACCAGAAACGCAGGACUAGGCCCAAGCCGACUUUUUCUUUUACUCUUUGUUCUGUUUUCUAAAAACCUCUUCCACAAAAUGACAGAGAUAUCUAUUUUUGCAGCACAAAGUGGUUGAGUUUGAAGUACAUCCCGUUUUCAUACAAAAUAAUCAACAAUGACAAAAGACCUCACUCUACUUUUAAACACAUCUCAGUAUUGAGUAAACUGUUGAAUUUUUCCACACCAUUCUGGUUUGGUGUGUCUUGAUUUGCAUAUGUAUUGAUAGAUGAGUAAAGCUUAUGGCCCCAGUAGAUUGACACUUUAAUAAAACGACAGACAUACUUUGGUUAACAUCUUUUAUUUACAUAGUUUUACUGUCAAUAGAGUGAAUUCACAUUUAGAAAUGAUCAAUCAACCAAUCUUCAUUUCAAGUCUGUAAUAAUCUACAGUAUUUUACAUUUAAUUACAGUGAGAGAAAACUGAGUGAAAGAAAAUUUGGAGAGGAACACUGUUUGAUAAAUUAAUCUUUCAACUGUUUACAUGCAUCAACACAUCUCUUUUAAAUCUCAUCUAAAAUAAAGAGGAAAUGUCUGAUAUUGCUUUGAUUCCACAAAAUGUGUAUGAUUUUGUUAAAUUUUGCAGAUGAGAUGCACACUUCAUAAGAGCGGGUACAGCGGGAUAAAAGCAAUAAACAACAUUCUUAGUACAUCAGUGAACAGAGAAACAACAUGGAGGAGGCAC